AUGGCGAACGACCCCAUGCGAGUGAAGCUGGAGCAGCUUGACGCUCUUUCGGGAGAAGCCGAGAACGACCCGGCGAAGUUCGGGCGGCUUCUGAACACCGCUAUGAGGGCGGGGGCUGCUGCUGGCGGAGACACUCAGCAGACGGAGGCCACGAUCGACGCGCAAGAGGAGCAGGACCUGAUGAAAGAACUCGAGUCUCAGCUCUACGGCUGCGAGAUGGACAUCUCCUCCCAGGACGCCCAGCCGACCCAGUACGAUCUGCCACCUGCUGACUUGCAGACAGAAGGUACAAAGGAUGGCUUUCAUGCCACGUUGGAGCAUCUCAUGCGUGAGGUCGGGCUCGAGGAACGCGAGGAUGAUGCGAUCAGAAAAUCUCCAAAGCGAGAGCUUGAAAUUGAUUUUGCCAGGGUCGCCAAGGAACUGGAGGAUGAAACCAUGUUGGCCAAGGAACAUGAGGAAGCUGAGAAAGCCAGCAGAAUGGCGAAGGAAAGGGAGGAAACUGAGAAAGCAAGGUUGGCCAAGGAAAAGGAAGAAGCUGAGAAAGUAAGCAAAAUGAUCAAGCAAAUGGAGGAAGCUGAGAAAGGCAGGUUGGCCAAGGAAAGGGAGGAAGCCGAGAAAGCCAUCAGAAUGGCCAAGGAAAUGGAGCAAGCCAAGCUGGCCAAGGAAAGGGAGGAAACUGAGAAAGCCAGGAUGGCCAAGGAAAUGGAGGAAGCCAAACUGGCCAAGGAAAGGGAGGAAGCUGAGAAAGUCAGGAUGGCCAAGGAAAUGGAGGAAGCCAAGCUGGCCAAGGAAAGGGAGGAAGCUGAGAAAGUCAGGAUGGCCAAGGAAAUGGAGGAAGCCAAGCUGGCCAAGGAAAGGGAGGAAGCUGAGAAAGCCAGGAUGGCCAAGGAAAGGGAGGAAGCCGAGAAAGCCAUCAGACUGGCGAAGGAAAUGGAGGAAGCCAAGCUGGCCAAGGAAAGGGAGGAAACUGAGAAAGCCAGGAUGGCCAAGGAAAUGGAGGAAGCCAAGCUGGCCAAGGAAAGGGAGGAAGCGGAGAAAGCCAGGAUGGCCAAGGAAAGGGAGGAAGCUGAGAAUGCCAGGUUGGCCAAGGAAAGGGAACAGUUCAGGCUGGCAAGAUUGGCCAAGGACAAGGAGGAGGCCGAACAUAUGAGAUCGGCCAAGGACAAGGCCAAGGAAAAGGAAGACGCUGAUAAAGCCAAGGUGGAGGCCGUGCGACUUGUAAGAAACUAA